AUGGCAGAAGUUGUUCCCCUCUUAAAAGAUGGGGAUCAUGAGAUCGCAGACAAUAAUCGUCCAGUGUCUUUGCUAAUUGCAGUAUCAAAGAUUUGUGAACGAGUUAUAUUGAAUCAAUUGACUGACGAUAUGUCACAAAGGAAAAGAUUUACUGAACACCAAAGUGGCAAUCGAAAAUUACAUUCUACAGAAACAUUAAACAUUUUUAUAACAGAUCAAAUCUUGCAGUCUAUGGAUCGUAAAGAAGUUACGGCCUUAGUUUUAAUAGACUUAUCCAAAGCAUUUGAUAGCAUAGAUCAUUCAAUUCUACUGGUGAAACUUCAAACCAUUGGUGUGUUUAAAUCAGUGUUGGCAUGGUUUAAAAGUUAUCUAUCGGGACGAAGCCAAAUAGUACGUAUUGGGUCGACAUUGUCGGAAACAUGUAUUAUAACUCGAGGGGUACCUCAAGAAUCUAUUCUUUGGCCGGCAUUAUUUAACAUAUAUAUUAAUGACCUGCCCAAUGUUCCAAAAGAGUCCUCUUUGUUCGGUGGCCCAUACGGGUCAACUCUUCUCCGUAGAAACUUGCACCUUCUCCGUACAAAUAUGUUGUUAUUCCAUGGAAAUCAAACUUCUCCGGAAAUAUUGCCGUUGUUCUGUCACGAAAAGCCUUUUCUCCGUAGAAAUAUGCAGUUUCUCCGUGGAAACACGCAACUUCUCCGUGGAAACACGCAGCUUUUCUGUGGAAACACCGCAGCUUCUCCGCGGAAACACGUAGCAUUUAUGUGA